AUGGGCAACAUCACCCUCACAGCUCCACACCCCACGUGCUUCUUCAUUGGGAGCUUGUCCUUCCCGGAUCUCGGGUGUUCCUCCACCUACACCCCCAGGAUCCUCUUGAGCUGUGUCUCUGAGGACAAGACCAUCUCCUUCACUGGGUGUACUGCCCAGUUCUCCAUCUCUGGUGGCUUGGCUCACACCAAGUGCUACCUGCUGGCAGUGGUGGCUUCUGAGUGGUGCGUGGCCACCUCCAUCCCACUGCUCUACACUGCUGCCAUGUCCAAGAAGCUGUGCAUGGGGCUGGGGACCACCUCCUACCUCACUGGCUUUACCAACUCCACCCUCACCACCAGCCACACCUUCACCCUCAGCUUUUGCCACCCCAACAUCACCAAUGACUUCUUCAUCCUCACUUCCAUCCUGGCCACCAUCUUGGAGAUGCACUUGGCCCAAGGGCAGGGCAAAGCCUCCUCCACCUGUGCUGCCCACCUCGCUGCUGUCACCCUCUACUACGGCUCCAUCUUCUUCAUUUCUGCCCUGCCCAGCUCCACCUGGAGGGACAAGGUGGUCUCUUUGCUUUACACAGGGAUGAUCCCCAUGCUGAACCCUUUCAUCCACAGCCUGAGGAACCACGAGGUGAAGGAGGCCCUGAAGAGACCUGUGAUGUGA